GGAGCCGCGGCCCCCAGCCUGCUCUGGACUGCGAUUUUGAAAGGGAAAGUGGCUCUUUCACCUCCCGGCUGCGAAGCGGGGAGCUUUUGUUUGGGAAGGGAUGCAAAGGGCCUUAUCCGACCCCCCACCUCCCGGGCCGAAAGGAACGAGAGCGAGGCCUGAGAGGCUCCGAAGUCCUCUUGGGUCUUGCGCUUCGUUCCCUGCUUCCUCCCCAUCCCGAAGGUGCGAGCUUUCAACCGGGAAGUCGCGCCGCCGCCAUUGUCGCGGCUGCUCCGGGGUAGGGGAGGCGGCUGCCGCUGCUUAUGUAAGUUUGACUUUGCUGGAGCCCCCGCUCCCUGCUCUCUAACGGCGGCCCAGCGCGCCAGCGGUUUGGAGAACCACAAUAAAGGGGCAGCUUUGUUUGGAGGUGUAGCUGGGGCUACAUCUUUCCCUGCACCUACACAAAUACUGGCAACGGCCGUCUUCCAGUUUAACUCACCUGAACUUAGCAACUGGAACGUCUCAGCAGAAAGUAAUGGUCCUCGGCGAUCUUGCGAGAGAGUGGGGACCAAAUAUCACACUGCACCCUCCAUCCCACCAAAUUCAGCACCGUGGUGUGUCGCCAUGGGUACUGCAGGGCCACUCCUCUCCCUAGUCCCAUGCACUUUUAUCCCACAAGCCUUAGGGAGAGUUACAGCAGUGGGAAGCGACUAGGUAGGAAGGUUUUGCGUGGCUGCCUUCCCUUGGACAUGACUGCAGGCCGAGGUGCAUCGAAGGGACUGGCGGGGUCCGCAGCAACUCUUAUUAGUAAUGUUGCCCAGCUCUCAACAGUGUGCAGAUGAGAAACCCCCUGCUACUUUAGGCAGCUUAGGGGUGUGUUUGUUUUUCUGGGGAGGGAACUUUGGAGGGUUUUCAGAAUGUUGGUCUCUAAGUUCGGUUCUUGCACCACAAUUUUUGUGGAAGAAUAUUGCAGCUCAGUCCUUGGUUCUACCACACCGGAGUUUGCGUGCUCACUGUUCAGUCGAGGAAAGAUGUUUUUCAGAGUAUUGGUCUGCAGGAUGGAGUCCCUCUGGACUGGCGCAUCCCUGAUCAGAGUUAUUCUGAUCUGAAGAAUUUGGUGUUUGAAGCAUUAAGAUAAUAGCCUGAGUUGUUCAUGGAGUUUUUCAUCAGUAUGUCUGAAACCAUUAAAUAUAAUGACGACGAUCAUAAAACUCUGUUUCUGAAAACACUAAACGAACAACGCCUGGAAGGAGAAUUCUGUGAUAUCGCCAUUGUGGUCGAAGAUGUGAAAUUCCGAGCACACAGGUGUGUUCUUGCCGCCUGCAGCACCUACUUUAAAAAGCUUUUCAAGAAGCUUGAGGUUGAUAGCUCUUCGGUAAUAGAAAUAGAUUUUCUUCGUUCUGAUAUAUUCGAAGAGGUCCUAAACUACAUGUACACAGCAAAGAUUUCUGUGAAAAAAGAAGAUGUCAACCUAAUGAUGUCAUCGGGUCAGAUUCUUGGUAUCCGGUUUUUGGAUAAACUCUGUACUCAGAAGCGUGAUGUCUCCAGUCCCGAUGAAAACAACGGCCAGUCAAAGAGUAAGUAUUGCCUCAAAAUAAAUCGCCCCAUUGGAGAUGCUGCUGACACUCAGGAUGAUGACGUGGAAGAAAUUGGAGACCAGGAUGACAGUCCUUCCGAUGACACGGUAGAAGGCACCCCCCCGAGUCAGGAGGACGGCAAGUCGCCGACGACAACGCUCAGGGUUCAGGAAGCAAUCUUAAAAGAGCUGGGGAGUGAGGAAGUCCGGAAGGUAAAUUGCUACGGGCAGGAGGUAGAAUCCAUGGAGACCCCGGAAUCGAAAGAUUUGGGGUCCCAGACCCCUCAAGCCUUAACAUUUAACGACGGAAUGAGUGAAGUGAAGGAUGAACAGACGCCAGGCUGGACGACAGCCGCCAGUGACAUGAAGUUCGAGUACUUACUCUAUGGCCACCAUCGGGAGCAGAUAGCCUGCCAGGCGUGCGGUAAGACAUUCUCCGACGAAGGCAGGUUGAGGAAGCAUGAGAAACUCCACACGGCAGACAGGCCGUUUGUCUGUGAAAUGUGCACAAAAGGUUUUACCACACAGGCCCACCUGAAAGAACACCUAAAAAUCCACACAGGGUACAAACCCUACAGUUGCGAGGUGUGUGGAAAAUCAUUUAUCCGUGCCCCAGACUUAAAGAAGCACGAGAGAGUUCACAGUAACGAGAGACCUUUUGCGUGCCACAUGUGUGACAAAGCCUUCAAACACAAGUCCCACCUCAAAGACCACGAACGAAGACACAGAGGGGAGAAGCCCUUUGUAUGUGGCUCUUGCACCAAGGCAUUUGCCAAGGCGUCUGAUCUGAAAAGGCACGAGAACAAUAUGCACAGUGAAAGGAAGCAGGUGACCCCCAGUGCCAUCCAGAGCGAGACAGAACAGUUGCAGGCAGCAGCGAUGGCUGCUGAAGCCGAGCAGCAGUUGGAAACGAUAGCCUGUAGCUAGAGGUGAUGGGACAGGACCCCGCUUCGCCUGAGCCCCGGAGACUGAGACCGCAUUGUUCGUCGUACAUGAACGCCAGUCGCUGUAUUUUUGUGGAAACUUACGGAGCAUUGUACUCGCUGGACUUAAGGCAGUGCUUGGUUAGGUAGUUUUAAAACUUUGCAAGGAAGUAAGGUUCCUUGGUUCCGACCAAACAGUGUCACUGUCCUGUCUGGUGUCUGGUGGUAAUGUCGCCAGUAAGUCCCCCUCCCUCUUUUUUACGAUUUUAAUUUGAGAACUCCUGUGUCCAGUUCAGAAGUAGGAGACUUCUGUUCCAUUUUUAAUUCCUCUCAACACUUGCUGCGCUGGUGAGUGUAUUGCACAGAGUGAUAAUUGAGUAAAUUGAUUUCCUGAUCAUCACGCUUAUUUGUGACUUCACAGUCAAAACAGCCUUUUUAAUAACUUAAUAAGAGUACUUCAUGUAGAUGCAGAAAAUACUGGUGGGUGGUUGACCAAGAACACCGCGUGGAUACGAACACAAGUUCCAGAAGUGCAGAAUGGCAUUAGAUUUGUAUUCGGUUUGUUAAUUUUAUAUCACUGGUUUUCACUAUUUUUGUGGACAAAUGAUGGUUGCUUUGCUAAAAUGUUUCUUCAUUUUGAUUGCCCGCACUUCCCCCAAAAGAUGUAGUCACAAGUCCUGAACACAAGGCUGAGCAAACCCACAGGGAUAAUGGUGGUCUGGGGGCUGAGUUCUUUUUGUUCCUCUCUUUUGGGGCAUUGUCACUCGGCGGCAGAUGCGGUUUGUGGGGUAGACCAGUUAUUAGAGGGAUAGCAAAGGGGGAAUAGGAACCUGCUCUCAGGGACAAGGUUUUCAUGUUUGCAACAAUUCCAAGAUUUUCUAGAUCAAAAUAAUUCUCAAUUGAUUUUUGAACUUGGAUUUUUAUUUAGGAUCAAAUUAGGACAAGAACAGGUAUGCUUUUUCGGAUACAUGUGUGUCACUUAAGAGAAUGUCAUCAAGCGUUUGGGCUCUCUGCAGCACGUGAUUUAUAGGAGAUGUAAUAUCAUUACUUAAAUUAAUAAAUUGAAAAUCUUUUAAGUGUGUAAAUAGUGUAGAAGUGUUGGUCUUAUGUAUUUCAAGUAAAAGUAGACAGCUGCACUUUUUUUUUUUUGCACAUUGGAUUAAAAUAACUUUCAUAAGCAGCAAACAUCAGUCUCUUUUUUAACCAAUAUUAAAGACUAUCAGACUAAAUUUUUAUUUUUUUGAAGUAUAUUUCAUCAUUGGUGGUUACAGUUUUAAGUAGAAUUUGGUUGCCAUUUCAUAGUCAUAAACAGAAUUAUAAACACUGUUCCAAUUUUGGUGUAUGCAAACUUUUUUUUUUAACCAUUUCUUUAGGAAUAUAUUGAAAUGCCAAAAUAGUUUGAAUUAUGUUCUGUAAUAAAGUAUUAGUCAAUUAUUUUAGAAUGUACAAUUUUAGGAAAAUGUCAUUUUUCAAAAUUUAUUUUUGAUUCCUAGAACUUUUUUCCUCAAGAUACAUUAAAGUAAUUUCAUUUCAUACUUGUUGCAUUAACACCUGUAAUUGCUGUUACAGGAGAAAUUUUAUUUUUUAACUUGAUGUAUAUGUUGUGCCCAAGAUCAUAGGAUGGAGAUGCUACCUUUUAAAGAAAGUUAUUUAUUGGUAAAAUGUUUAGUUUAAAAUUAAUUUAAUCUUCUUUCUUAAAAGUCGUUUAUUCUGUCCUAAAAGUAGUCUUGUCACUGUGUUUAUAUGCUGUUAGUGGAAGGGGAACUGAUUGGCGCUCCUUGGCUGUUUUAACCAAAGCAGAGGAAAAAUAAUUUAACGUCUUGUCGAUAGCUACUACAACAAACCAUUUUUGGGGGCUUCAUUUUUGUAUAUAAAAGAAAAUAUACUUCUGUUA